CAUAAUAUUUUAUAUUAUAGGGGCACUUAUAAGAUAUAGGAAUCCAUUUUGCAUUUUUAGGAAAAAAUGUUUUGUGGUUGUCGUCUUUUAAUACAAAAACUAUAGCAGUGAAGAUACAAUAAGAGAAAAAUGAAACGUCAUCCGGAUAAAAGUUUAAAAAUGUUCACCGAAUUGUACAGGGUGAGUCAAGAAUAGAGUAAAGUUCACUCUUUGGCUUCAAAAGUUAUUAGAAAAUGAUAAAUACAAAAGUUGUAAAGAUUGUCAGGAUGCACACUCUAAAAUUGUUUUAAAAUGUGGCUCAAAAAAGCGUGACGAAUACAUUUCUUUAAAUGCAAUACCCCAUUUUUAAAUUUUAUUUUGAAUUCGUUUUGGAAUUCUUCAACUUUUUUAGUAAUAAUAAAACAUUCCUAAACCUAAUAGUUUUUCUAAUAUUUUAAUUUUCCUACAAAAAAUACUAUUUAUUUAUUAUUAAUAAGUUGAAGAAUUCCCAAACCAAUUCUAAAUAAAAUUAAAAAAUAGGUUAUUGCAUUCAAAGAACAUAAAUCGCAAAAUAUUAAAAAUGGUAUAUUACAAAUAACGCUAAUAUCAAAUAUGAGUAAUCUUCAGAAAUAACGGCGCUAUCGUAAUUUUUUUGCAAGUGUAAAAAAUAGUAUUUUUUUUUAAAUAUUGAGUCACCGUGUAUAAUUUAAAAUAAUUUUAAAUUUUAAAACUUUUGUAUUUUUUUUUUGAAAUUUAUUCCAUCCUAGGCUCUCCCCAAUUUGAAAAACUUCUGAAAAACCCAAUAUCCUUCUUCGCAAAUAUGUGGUUUGAAAACAAUCCGCACAAACUGCGCAAAAGUUACGUCACGUGACGUCACAGAAAAACCAGUCCAGUCGAGAAUGACGUCACGUUCUAGUAAACAAAUCUCUUAGGAUACAUUUACGGUGUUGUUCAGCAGUAAUUUAAAGAAGACAAAUUAAAGAAAAAACCUCCAGAGGCUUCUGGGCCGUCGGUUGUCCUUUUUGUGCCUAUUGUGCAUGGCAUCCACUUCAUUCGCUCAUUAAGUUAUUAUUUAAAAUAAAAAAAAACCAAAACGAAACGACAGCUUGAUCCGCGACUUUUUCGACGUAACGUUCGACGACGACCACGCCUUCAUGUCCCCGUCGGCCACCAUUUUCUCGCAACCGUCCCUGACAAAGUCGACGUCCCACGGGCGGUACAGGGGCCACGAUUUCGGCAGUUCCGGGUCUUCAGGCUCGCUUUUCACCCCGCCGUACCCUUCACCCAACUACAUGCAGUACCACCACAGCCCCGAGCAGUACCAGAUUUGUCCGACGACGUGGAACGCCCCCAUGUCGCCGCCCCAAACCGCCCUCAACAUCUACAACGGAGGGUACCAGGAGGUACCGUCGACUUCCGUUGCGGUUAACGAACUCGCCGAUCAACUGGGAGAUCUUGCCAUAGAGAGGAGACCGACUAAACAACCUCCACCAACGUACAUGUGCCACCUGUGUUUCGGAUUCAAGCACUACAUCAAAGAUUGCCCUCAGGCUCGGCCCAAAGGUGAGGGCAUGACCCCGUACCAAGGCAAGAAGAGAUGUUUCGGCGAGUACAAAUGUCCCAAAUGUAAGAGGAAGUGGAUGUCAGGCAACUCGUGGUCAAACAAGGGUCAAGAGUGCAUCAAGUGUCAUAUCAACGUCUAUCCGCACAAGCAGCGGCCGCUCGAAAAGCCCGACGGACUGGACGUUUCGGACCAGUCGAAGGUUCACCCUCAACAUCUGUGCGAAAAGUGCAAGGAGCUCGGCUUCUAUUGUAGGAGGGAUAAUCGGAACGGGUCGUCCUAACAAGGCGGUGCGGAAAGGUUCAGCGCGUUCAGCAGUUUCAUAACCUCAAAAGUCCGUUUUUUCAAGCGGUUUUGGAGGUUAUGAAACACCAUACGCGGCACACUUUUGGCAGUCGCCUGGCCUGUGAUCUGUCGCAAAAGCAGGCAACCCGCUUGCGACAAAACACUAUAGUUACGUUGUUUGGUACUUUUUAAAAUUUUUAUUUCGUUCUCAUGAGCUAUAUAUGCACCUUUGAUCAGUAUUUUUUUGUUAAUUUGUUUUUUUUUUAAUUUUUUGUACCUAUUUUUUUAUUGCAUUUUAAUAGGCGUGUCUCUUAGUAAUCGGAGUUAUCUUCGGCGGGGCCUAUACCCACGGGUCUACAAAGUCUAUUGACUGGAUAAAACUUCACACGUAAAAGUCGUUCAUUUAUUUAUGUUUCAUUUCCAAACAAUGGCGCCCGUAUUUGUAUAAUUUCGUUGGAGUAAACAUUUGGUCGAACCUUUUUGUAUAUAAAACUAACCCCAGUAACAUUUUCUCGAAUGCCACGAAAAAAGAAAAAAUAUACAUACAUUUUUUCGACGCAUCAGACUUCAUGGGUCAUUUACAUUUACGUAAUUGUUUUAAUAUAAUCACCCAUAUAUUUUUGUUGUAUCGAAAAAUAAAAAGUUA